GGUAUGUUUCGGCGUAGCGCUGAAUCUGACUGAACACUCACUGUAGGCCUGUCUAGUGUUAGCCUGAGAAAUCCACAUUACUGAGUUCUGCUGAAGCGACUGCUAUAAAUGAUGUACUAGCUGUUCCGGACGAUUCUGUGGAUUGUUGGGGUGAAAAGUUGGGGCCCGGCCAUACACUGCGCAAUGGCAGUCAAACCAGUCUCUGCCUCCCGUGAACUCAGCGAAGGCGAGUUUGAGAUGAAGGCUAUGGGGAUGAUCGAGGAUUACCUCAAUAUCAGGGACAUUGAGGAAGUCAUCAUGUGCCUGAAUGAGCUGAACUCGCCCAGCCUGAUGCACGUUGUAGUCCGCGCAGCCAUGAACUGCACGCUAGAGAAGAACCAGCAGGCCAGGUACUCGGUGGGUAUGCUGUUCCACAAGCUGCUGAAAGCAGGCCACCUCACCAAAGCAAAGUUUGUGGAUGGUUUCAAAGAGGUAUUGAUGUAUGCCGAUGACAUGGUGCUUGAAAUCCCUCGAAUCUGGAGACACUUGGGGGAGAUGAUUGGCGCCACAUUCCGAGACAACUCGCUGUCGUUGAAGCUGCUAGCCGACAUGAUGGAACCGGUCCGGGCCGUGGACAAGGCUGGGGACCUCAUGGCUGAGAUUCUACGAACAGCCGUCAAGUUAAAUGGUGCUGAUGCUGUAGGUGAGAUGUGGCAGUCGUCGGGCUUCACGUGGGACAUGUUUCUACCCAUCGGAGUAGAUGUCAAAGAAUUUGUAAAUAGGAAGAAAUUAGACUUCACAGUAUCAGUCUCCGCCUCCCCUGAACUCAGCAGACGCCAUUCAUCCGAGGAGCCCAAGAAGGUCAUCCAGCCAGUUUUGCAGACCAUCAAGCUGAGCACGGCCGGUGAGAAUGCAUUGAUGCCAGACGAGGACAUGCCUUCAGGUGACAAAGAAGCUAUAAGACCAAACCAGUGGAGCCCCAUGAAUCCGCAAGUCAGGAAGCAAUACACUCGCGACUUUCUGCUGCAAUUUCGGCAAUACUGCAUAGACAAACCAGAAGGGCUUCCACACAUUCCAGACAUUGUGCUGGACAAGGCUGACAUAAGGCCUCCCCGCAGUUUUGAUCCCCCAGGCUACAGCAGAGGAGGGACUGACUUCAUCCCAGAGUAUCUCAUGUCCCCCCGCAGUGGUCCGGACUACUAGGACACGUCUUCAAUGUCCUCUACGACGAGGAUGUCAUACCCGAGGAAACCUUCUAUGCCUGGCAGGAGAGCUCGGACCCCAACGAGAAUCUGGGUAAAAGC